AUAUAAAUAAGCAGCUUGCACCCAAUUUUUUUUCUUUUUCUUUUCUUCCCUCUCUUGGUCUGCUAUAAAUCUCCCUUGUUCUCUCCUCUUCUCCCAUUUCCCGGUGACUUUCGUCGGAGAGAUUAAAUUUACUCGCCGCUCCGACGACUUUUUCUGUUUAUUAUCGCCGUUUUCGUCGGAGAUAUUGGUCUACUCAAUAUAUCAAUUAAAGCCGAGAUGGAGUCACUUGGACUAAGAACUGUUGGUUCACACUGUUCUUUAUCGGAGAUGGACGAUCUUGAUCUGACUCGAGCCUUAGACAAACCGAGGUUGAAGAUCGAGAGGAAGAGAUCGUUCGAUGAGAGGUCAAUGAGUGAACUAUCUACUGGUUACGGUAUGCACGAUUCUCCAAGAGGCAGGUCGGUUCUCGACACGCCUCUCUCUUGUGCAAGAAACUCCUUUGAGCCUCAUCCUAUGAUGGCUGAAGCUUGGGAAGCUCUAAGGAGAUCAAUGGUCUUCUUCCGUGGUCAUCCUGUUGGUACUCUCGCAGCUGUCGAUAAUACUACCGAUGAGGUCUUAAACUACGACCAGGUGUUUGUGCGAGACUUUGUACCGAGUGCACUAGCGUUUCUGAUGAAUGGAGAGUCGGACAUAGUGAAACACUUCUUGCUGAAGACACUUCAGCUUCAAGGUUCAGAGAAGCGUGUGGACCGGUUCAAGCUAGGAGAAGGUGUGAUGCCUGCGAGCUUCAAGGUGCGUCACGAUCCUAACCGUGGAAUGGACCAUCUCGUUGCGGAUUUCGGUGAAACCGCCAUUGGUCGAGUGGCACCUGUAGAUUCAGGGUUCUGGUGGAUCAUCCUUCUCCGUGCUUACACAAAAUCCACCGGAGAUUUGACCCUCUCGGAGACACCAGAGUGUCAAAAGGGAAUGAAACUGAUCUUGUCUUUGUGCUUAGCUGAAGGGUUCGACACGUUCCCGACGCUUCUUUGUGCUGAUGGAUGUUCCAUGAUUGAUCGGAGAAUGGGUGUUUAUGGGUAUCCAAUAGAGAUCCAAGCUCUGUUCUACAUGGCUUUGAGAUGUGCCUUGUCGAUGCUUAAGCCUGACGGAGAUGGCAGAGAGACGGAGGAAUACUCUCACACGGCGGUGAACAAGUUCAACGUGAUGCCGGAUUCUAUACCGGACUGGGUUUUCGACUUCAUGCCUCUCCGUGGAGGCUACUUUGUGGGCAAUGUAGGACCUGCCCAUAUGGAUUUCAGGUGGUUUGCACUCGGAAAUUGCGUCUCCAUACUCUCUUCUUUGGCUACUCCGGAUCAAUCCAUGGCUAUUAUGGACCUUCUUGAGCACCGGUGGGAUGAGCUUGUAGGCGAGAUGCCUCUCAAGAUUUGUUAUCCUUGCCUCGAGGGACAUGAGUGGCGCAUCGUCACUGGCUGUGACCCCAAGAACACACGGUGGAGCUAUCACAACGGUGGAUCUUGGCCAGUUCUGCUGUGGCAGCUAACAGCAGCGUGCAUCAAGACAGGAAGACCGCAGAUUGCAAGACGCGCGGUUGACCUCAUAGAAUCGCGUCUUCACAGAGACUGUUGGCCAGAGUAUUACGACGGUAAGCUCGGGCGGUAUGUCGGAAAACAGGCUAGGAAAUACCAGACCUGGUCUAUAGCUGGUUACUUAGUGGCUAAAAUGUUGCUAGAAGAUCCUUCACACAUCGGUAUGAUUUCUCUCGAAGAAGACAAACUCAUGAAACCUGUCAUCAAGCGAUCUGCGUCUUGGCCGCAACUUUAAAAAACCGAUACUCGGUUUUUGUUCUGUUCUGUAUUUGCCACGGUAUAAUUUUUUUGUUUUCACUUUGUUUGGUUGUUUGUAUGAUAAUGUUAUUGAAAACUUGUGCGGAAGAAGGGGACAUAGACUAUAUUGAUUGCUUCUUUCUUGCUUUGCAAGUUAGAAAAGCAAGUUAGAAGAGAAAAAUGGGAAAAGCUCGUUUGUCUUUUUUAUCAACAUUUUUUUUCUUUUUUCAUUUGGCGCAAUUGCAUUCGACAGAUUCAUAACGUGGGUUUAUGGGGGUGUAUUGAAACUGAAAUUUUAAAAUACUUUGUAUUUAUUUUAAAAAUUUAUGUUAUUUAACUGAUGAUUUUUAAA